AUGGCUCGUCUUGGUCGCGUAGGGUUCUUGACCCUGGCUAUCGUUUUCCAUUUGAUUUACACCUAUUCGAUCUUCGAUAUCUAUUUCGUUAGUCCAAUUGUGAGUGGCAUGCGCGCCUAUGGCGUAGAACGCGACCCGGGAGCCAAAGCACCCGCGAAACGACUGUUCCUCUUCGUCGGCGACGGGCUACGUGCAGACAAAGCAUUCCAGUCCUUCCCCGAUCCUUCUCCGCCUCCAGAGGCAUGUCCUGAUGUUUCCAAUUGUGACGAGGAAUACCUCAAGCCGAAGCCACUUGCCCCGUUUAUCCGUUCGCGCGUCCUCCACCACGGUACAUUCGGCGUGUCACACACCCGCGUUCCAACGGAGUCGAGACCGGGCCACGUUGCGCUCAUUGCGGGGCUGUAUGAGGACGUUUCGGCGGUGACUACAGGAUGGAAGUUAAAUCCAGUCAAUUUCGACAGUGUCUUCAAUCGCAGCAGGCAUACUUGGAGUUGGGGGAGCCCCGAUAUUCUCCCCAUGUUUAAGGAGGGUGCGGUUCCCGGAAGGAUUGAUGCGGAGACAUAUGGAGAUGAAGCCGAAGAUUUCACGCAGGAUGCGACGCAACUGGAUAUAUGGGUGUUUGAUAAAGUCAAGGCGCUGUUCGCGAGAGCACGGGAAGAUGCGGCGUUGAAUGCGAGAUUGAGAGAGGAUAAGGUAGUAUUUUUUCUGCACCUGUUAGGUUUGGAUACUUCUGGGCACUUCCAUCGGCCAUACUCGAAGGAAUAUCUACAUAAUAUCAAAGUUGUGGAUCAAGGAGUGCGUGAGAUCGCGGAGUUGGUGGAGGGCUUCUAUGGCGACGAUGAAACCGCUUUUGUUUUUACAGCCGAUCAUGGCAUGAGUGAUUGGGGCAGUCACGGUGAUGGGCACCCGGAUAAUACCCGUACGCCGCUCGUUGCCUGGGGCUCCGGGGUCGCCAGACCGAAAACUUCUCACUGGGGCACCGCUUCUGGACACGAGGAUGGUUUCUCUUCGGACUGGAAUUUAGAUCAUGUUCAAAGACAUGACGUUGCGCAGGCCGAUGUAGCUGCCCUCAUGGCGUAUCUGGUCGGCUUGGAAUUUCCCGUCAACUCUGUUGGGAAAUUACCCCUUGAUUAUAUUGAUGGUACCCCUAAGGAAAAGGCUAAAGCAGCCCUAGCCAACGUGCAAGGAGUGCUCGAAAUGUAUCAUGUGAAAGAGGAGCAGAAGAGGUCUUCCACGCUGCGGUACCAGCCAUAUGGGCCGUUUGCAGAGUCCGACCGUUCGCCAGAUGCUCAAAUCUCCGCAAUACAGGAGUUGAUUGCUCGAAAGAAAUAUGAGGAUGCAAUUGCUCGUUCCUCGGAACUUCUGGAGGAAGCAUUGGGCGGAUUCCGCUACCUGCAAACUUAUGACUGGCUAUUUUUACGGGCCAUUGUCACCGCCGGAUAUCUAGGAUGGAUUGCUUACGCUUUGAUCACCGUCAUAGAUCUUCAUGUUCUACACGAAUCCUCCCAACCCGUCCGGACGACCCUCAGCAUGAUGGUAUUUUCCUCGUGCCUGAUCGGUCUAUACUCUGUAUUAUGGGUGCAGAAGUCGUCCUGGCGGUAUUAUGCUUAUGCCAUCUUCCCAGUGUUUUUCUGGGAAGAAGUGGUUUCCAAACGACGAGCGCUCAACGCUGGGCGGCAGAUUCUCUUCAGCCAUAUUCAGUCAUUUUCAGGUUAUUUUCUGCUCGCUUUACAACUCGUGGUAUAUGUCGGAAUCCUACAGGCCUUGGUUCAAUCCUAUUUUCACCGAGAAAUUUACACUGCCUGCUACCUGAUUGCGGGUUUCUGGCCGGUCUUUUAUGGCUUCAGCUUUUUAUCGCGCAAUAAACUCCUCGUAGCGACUUGGUUCGUAGGAUGCGGGUUAUUGAGUGUUUUCACUCUACUCCCAGUCCUCAAAACCGAAGACUCCAACAUGAUCACUACUGGAGGCGCACUCAUGCUUGCGACGGGACUCCUUUAUUUGGUAUUUGAGGAUAGCCUUACUACUCAAUCAGAGAAUGGGACCCGAAAAUCCUCGUCCAACGCCGCUCGCGUUAUCAUGGGUAUCCAACUCGGGGUGAUUCUACUUACCAUGAUUAUUACAAGGUCAAGCAUUACGGCUCUACAGGCGAAAAAAGGCCUGCCACUAGGAAACCAGGUGAUGGGUUGGGUUGCAAUGGUCUCUUCCCUUCUAUUGCCUUUGAUUCAUAGACUCUAUCCCAAUAGCCACUAUCUUCAUCGGCUAGUCAUAAUCUUCCUUACUUUCUCUCCAACCUUCAUUAUCCUCACCAUCUCUUACGAAGGGCUCUUUUAUUUUACCUUUUGCGUAUCACUCCUUACAUGGGUACGACUCGAGCACAGGAUAUACGAGCAUACUUUGAGUUCGACCACCUCCUCUACCGGCCCUGAAAAUGAUGCGAACGAGGAAACGAGAACUCGUGACGGGACACCCUACACGAUGCAAACUUUCAAAAACGCUUACCGCAGCUUAACCCUCUCUGACGCCCGCAUUGCGCUCUUUUUCCUCUUCCUCCUCCAAUCUGCCUUCUUCAGCACCGGCAACAUCGCAUCCAUCUCCUCCUUUUCCCUCGAAAGCGUCUGUCGACUCAUCCCCGUCUUCAACCCAUUCGCCCAGACCGCACUCCUCAUUUUCAAGAUCUUAAUACCAUUCGCUGUGAUCAGCGCGAAUCUGGGCGUCCUAAAUCACCGGCUUGGCGUUGCUCCGUCCGCUCUAUUUAUGAUUGUGAUGGCGAUUAGCGACGUCAUGACGCUAAACUUCUUCUACAUGGUUCGCGACGAGGGUAGCUGGCUUGACAUUGGGACGACGAUUAGUCACUUUUGUAUUGCCAGCGGAAUGUCUGUUUUUGUGGCCGGCUUGGAGUUUUUGAGCGAAGUGUUUAUAUCGGGUAUUGAGUUUGAGAAGGAAGUCAGCGGCGGAGAGACUGCGUACGUCCCGUCAGAGGGAAACGGUAAGGCGCCUACGACUUCCAACGGGGAGACACACGCCUCAGUCCAGAAUGGCGUUGGUGACGGUAUAAAAAAGGUGGCUAAUUAA